AUGCCUUCCAUUCUUUCUGUCACUACUGCCGCACUGUUGUGUCUGUCAGCAGCGACUGCCUCGCCCCACAAACCCGUUCAGACUCAGAGUGUUGACCCUUUCUUCUACAAAGGUUUUGAUCUGUCUUCUCUGCAUAUACUCGAACUUGGCAACGUCACCUACAAAGACACCGCGAAAGGAAAUGCCACUAGACCUGCUGAGGACAUCCUUGGCGAUGGCGGGAUGAAUACAGUGAGGUUGAGAAUUUGGGUCAAUCCAGAGCCCGGGCAAUACGAUCUAGCAUACACACUAUCUCAAGCCCAGCGAUUUGCCAAANAGGGCUAUCGUAUCUAUCUCGACUUCCACUUCUCAGAUACCUGGGCAGAUCCGAAUAAACAGUAUACACCUGCCGCAUGGACAACAAGCAGUGUUUCGGCCUUAGCAUCUGACCUGCGUCAUUAUGUCAAAACCACGCUUUUGGCCUUCAAGGCUGGCGGCGUUGAUCUCUCGCUCGUGUCUCUUGGUAAUGAGAUCCGUCAUGGCAUGUUGUGGCCUACUGGUUAUGUUGAUGUCGACACUUUCCCCACUUCUGCACGUAUCGCCAAUUUCACCUCUUUGGCUAGCUUAUGGUCGUCGGCUCGUAAAGGCGUCGACGAUGCCGUCAAAGCCGGUGUCAAGAAACCUUCCGUCAUGAUCCACAUCGACGAUGGCUGGAACAAGACUUUGCAAUUGGAUUGGUUCGAAGCUCUUACCGGCAGUGGUAAGGUCAAGACUUCCGACUGGGAUAUAUUUGGAUUUUCCUUCUAUCCUUUCUAUGGCACUGCUGCUACAUUGGACAAUCUCAAGGACACCCUCAAUGCCGUGGCCACAAAAUACCAGAAACCCGUUCAUGUGGUGGAGACGGAUUGGCCUGCCAUCUGUGACGGGCCUUCUGCGCCAGAACUCAGCGAUACUUCUGUGCCUAUCAGCGUUCCGGGCCAGACAGAGUGGGUUAGAGAUAUCAUCAGUGUAGUUGAGAAUGUUGCUGGUGGUUGGGGUAAGGGUGUCAAUUAUUGGGAGCCUACCUGGCUGAAUAAUACUGGAUUGGGCAGUGCAUGCCAGGAUGCGAUUUUGUUCUCUGCUGAUUGGAGUGGGUGGCCGGAUAAGAUUGUUGGGUACUCGAGAUCGAGUGUUGAUAUGUUUGCUGGGAGAUAG